CGCGCAUGCUUAGUCGCGAGCAAUCCACUUCCUUUUCUCUACCAUUGUUGUUAUUUCUGGCUCUGAAGAUAUCUGCGAUGAAGUUCUAGAGUUGCCGACUUGUUUAAUUUCGAUAUUGAUAUCUUAACCAUAAGCAUGUAGUCAAGGUUAAUGUCUGCUUCAUGUCCCCAUCCCUUAUAAGUUCCAAAUGAAACUGAAUGAUGGAGGACAACAACCGACCCCCACGAAAGGAUAGAAAAGAUGAGGAACCUAUAGCUAGCAAGAACCAAGAGGAGGCUGCUAAGAACUUGUGUACAAAUCAGAACCAGCAGACUGCUAACAAGAAAAAUCCACAAUCACCUGUCACAACCCAACAACAAAACUUGCCCUCUGUGAAUGCUUCACCUCUCUCCUCUUCUCCCUCAUCUGACACCAGUAGCUUGUCUUCUGGAAAUGGAAAUGGCUCCACCACUAGCUUUCAUCACGAAGACGUCGCACACAACCAGUUUUUAAAAUCAACAAGUGAAUCCUCUUUGUCCACUACAACCAGCAGUGGUGCUAUUCUGUCUGUUACACAUCCAUCAGGAAUAUACACGUUCUCGGAUAAUGAGAAACUGCCCGGAACUGCUCAUGGACAUGGUAAUGCUCAGUACAACUGGCAGUCAACAAAAACAACUGUAAAAGAAAGACUAGCUUACCUAUUUAACACAGAAAUUAUGAGUGACAUUCAUUUCUUGGUUGGAACACCACCUAAUCAACAGAAGAUACCUGCUCAUAAAUUUGUCCUCUCAGUUGGUAGUGCUGUUUUUGAUGCACAAUUUAAUGGACCUAUGGCAACCAAAGAUGACGUUAUUGAAAUUCCGGAUGUAGAACCGGGUGCAUUUCUAGCUUUACUAAAAUUUCUGUACUCCGACGAAGUACAGAUUUGUUCUGAUACUGUGAUGACAACGUUGUACACCGCCAAAAAGUAUGCUGUACCUGCACUGGAAAAGGCAUGUGUUGAAUUUCUGAAGCGUAACUUGAGUAGUGACAAUGCAUUCAUGUUACUGACACAAGCAAGACUGUUUGAUGAGCCUCAAUUAGCAGCGCUGUGUUUAGAGACCAUUGACAAGAAUACAUCGGAGGCACUUGUAGCAGACGGCUUUACAGACAUUGACAACAACACACUUUGUGUAGUGCUUGAGAGAGAUACCUUGGGUAUACGUGAAUGCAAGCUGUUUGCUGCUGUAUGUCGGUGGGGGGAGGCAGAAUGUGCUAGAAGAAACAUAUCGCCUACACCCGACAAUCAACAACUUGUUUUAGGGAGAAGUUUGAGGUUGAUCAGAUUUCCUCUGAUGAGUGUGGAAGAAUUUGCCCAAGGUGCAGCUCAAGGGGGGCUACUGGAAGAUCGAGAAGUAGUACAGCUAUUUCUGUACUUCACAGUCAACCCUAAACCUCAAAUAGCCUUCCUGGAUAAGCCACGCUGCUGUCUGACAGGCAAAGAGCAGGUGGUGUCCCGCUUCUGUCAGAUAGAGAGUCGCUGGGGAUACAGUGGGACCAGUGACAGAAUCAGAUUUAUGGUGAAUAGGAGGAUAUUUGUGGUUGGGUUCUGUCUGUAUGGGAGUAUACAUGGACCUCAUGAGUAUGCAGUUAACAUACAGAUAAUCCAGUCGGAUACUGGCAAAGUGAUGGGACAGAAUGACUCCAGCUUCCAAUGUGACGGAUCAAACUCCACCUUUCGUGUCAUGUUCAAGGAACCCGUGGAGAUUUUACCCAACACUAGUUACACUGCAUGUGGUACUUUGAAGGGGCCAGAUUCUUACUACGGUGCUAAAGGCCUCAGGAAGGUGACCCACGAGUCUGUGUCUAGUGGAAAGGUCACCUUCCAGUUUACCUACGCAGCCGGUAACAACAACGGAACUUCGGUGGAAGAUGGUCAGAUUCCGGAGAUCAUCUUCUACACUUAACUGACGGGCCGAACGAGCUGGUCUGAUCGGUGGGUAACCGGGAACAGAUGACCUCUUACAGGAAGUGAAGAGUUGUUGGAAUGGCAGACAACUUCAAUCUCAUUGCUGGAAGUCAGACGACUGAGUAUGCUUAUGUAUGGUAGGAUAUAUGCUCUGAUGUUGAACUUUCUGAGCAUAAUCCUAAACACAACAAUAACUUGUAAAUUUACCACGGUGAAUUAAGAUGGGUUGAUGUGGUAUUAUGAGGCAGUAAUUAAGAUUCUGACAAUUCUUGCCAAUAGUUAGAAAUUUCAUAAAUUAGUUCUUUACAUUAAAUAUAGUUUGUAUGCAGAAAUAUAUCUGAAUAAUUUAAGAAGAAAAUACUACAAAUGUUAAAACUGAAACUCGUUUGAUCAUCCCAGAUCAUUCAGUAUACAGUAUUUUGUACGUCAAUACCAAAAUGAAUAUAUUUGCCUGCAGUGUAAUGUUUUUUUUAACAAUCUCAAUAUUUCUUAAGAAACGUUGAGUCAGUACUCUUUCAAGGACUUGCUGAAAACUGUUAAAGUUUUGGUACAUAAUUUUAUACACUUUUGACUCAUACAUAGUUUAAGAAGGUCAAAUAUAUUUUUGACCCAACUAUAUAUUAAACAAGCUGUUACUUCUGGUAAUAUGGCGUCAUACCCACAAAAUACUCCAGUGCAUGGGAAGUUAUAAUAACCCAGUAUUACUUUAUUUUAACACAGUGGGGAAUGUGAUUGUUAUGUCAGGCUUAAACAGUGAACAACUGUACCACCUGACCGUCAUGAUAAUCAGAGACAUAGGACCUUGUUAUAGGGAACACUCUAAACAGCUUAUAAAAAACUGGUAUGCAUUGACGCAGAAAAUUGUUUUCUUCCUGGAUGGUUCUAUUGAAAGACAGUUAUUGUUUAUGCUCUUUAUUUAAAACAGUGUUUUCUCGAGAUUAGAUAUCACUGUUGUUUUAGAAAGAAAAGCUGGACUAACAGACUCUAAGUAUAAGACUAUACAUGUCUGGUUUAAUGUAUCUUGGUUUAAUGUACCACUGACAGUUACAGUGCUGUCAUCUGGUAAAAACCAAAGCAUUGAAGGUAUGUACUGGUAUAUAGAUUUAGUUGUGAAUGGAUAUAGUAAACAUUGGUUAGGGAGGGUAAUAUAAAGAAUUGUUUCAUUUUUUUUUAUUUUUUUUUUGUGGGGUUGAGGGGGGAAUGAUUAAUAUACAGACUACACUGUAUACAACCUUGCAAAUUGAACAUAUAAGGUAUAUUUUGAUACAAUAUAAAGUGCAUACCAGGUAAGUAAAAAAUACAACUACUGAAGGCUAUUGUACAGGGUCAAUAUAUUAAAUGGUGGGGUAUUUAUUUCUGCACUGAAAAGAAUUUUACUCCCUCCUGAGGGAUAAGAUGAUCUUAUCUACAACACCUGUUUCUAAAUGCAAACACACAUCAGUCAGUAAAAAUCCUAAUAGGAGUACAGGUGGGCUAUUGGAACUACAGAGGAUGCAUUUAUACUGAAAAGGGACGUCAACAGCUAGAGACAACUAGAAAUUGAACAGCUUCAGGUUGAUUGAAUCUUUUUCUCCCAAUGUACAUGUAGUAAUAGUAAAUGUUCUGGCUAUACAUUGUAAAAACUGCAAACAAUUCUGAUGACAACAUAGUUCCCUAUGUAGCUAGCUAGUGAUGCUCCCACAAAGCUACAUCAGGGGACUUGAUUUAAAUUGUUUACAUGGAAAAAUAACAUCUUCUGGAAAAAUGGUUAUCUUUAUUUUUGUACUUCAUACAAAAUUGAAGUAUGUGUGAGAGUAUUGUAUUGACAAACAAGAAGUUUGUGUAAACCGUUCUGUAGAAUUCACUAGCUGUAAUGGUGUUAAGUAAUAUUCAGUCAAAAUGUUUCGUUUAAUGGUUUGGUGAGGAUAUAUUUAAUGGGUUGGGCAGGAUAUAUUUAAUGGGCUAGUCAGGAUAUAUUUAAUGGGUUGGUCAGGAUAUAUUUAAUGGGUGGGUCAGGAUAUAUUUGAUCGGUUGGUCAGGAUAUAUUUAAUGGGCUGGCCAGGCUAUAUCUAAUGGGCUAGUCAGGAUAUAUUUAAUGGGUUGGUCAGGAUAUAUUUAAUGGGUGGGUCAGGAUAUAUUGAAUGGGUUGGUCAGGAUAUAUUUGAUGGGUUGGUUAGAAUAUAUUCAAUGGGCUGGUCAGGCUAUAUCUAAUGGGUUGGUCAGGAUAUAUUGUUAUUAGUGUUACUUUAUUCAUAAUUUGCCAAAUUUUCCUUAAUAUUAGCAAAAUUUAAUUAAUAAAAUUCCUUGCCCAGAUUUAUUACCCAUAUGAAAUAAGCAUGUAAAAUAAAGAUGGAAUUUUGAGUUUUCCCCCCAAAGACAAAUAAAAUGGUGGCUAGAGUGAUAUUGUUUGUGGGAGUACCUGUAGUUGUAUUUCUUACAUUAACUUUUCUUUUCAUGCUAAUCAAGGCUUCAUUACCCUAGAACCCCAGUAGGAGAUAAGGAGUCAGUUAUUGAUUCUGUUAGUGUUUUAACUACAACAGUAUUAUUAUUAGCAUGUUUAGAGAUAUUUGUUAAUUUUCAUAGGUGGGUUAAGACAAAGUUUUGUCUGACCUUUUGCAAUUACCUUUUAUCCGUCGUUGUGCAUCCAUAAGCAAUUCAUAUUUUGGACUUAUUAUUCAAAACCUCUGAACUGAUGACUUGAUUCAAAUUAUAAUCAUGUGAUUUAAGUUUUACAGUAUGCAAAUUAGAACCUAGAAAGGAGGAGGUGGAAUACCUGUAGAUUGAACAGGAUAAAUUGGGGCAUGCUAUAACUCCACGAUAAUCAAUAUUCUACACAACAGGUAAACUGGUGAAGACUUGCUGUGCCGUAAUUAUAUAAGCUUGUUUUCUGACAGUUAUCAGCUACCGUAUUUGACAUAAUCAGCGCCCCUCCCCCUUUUUCGUGAGGAAUUGAAAUUAUAUGGACCAUCUUCCCUUCUCAAUCCUGACCCCAGUCAAUGAAGCAGGGAUUUAAGUCUGGUAAUCAUGGCUGAACUUCCCAUGAAGCGGAUGAAAGAUUUGAUAUCCAAACCUUCAGUCACACUGGAGUGGUUAAACUCUCCUGUUACACUGAAGAAUCAAUUGAAGUUUCACAAUUUGUUAUAUCAUAACUCAUAUUCUAUUAUCCUAAUAAGUGCCCUCUUUAAAGCUAAAUUUGUUGUGUCCUGGGAACCAAUUAGGGCGAAUACGGUGUAUGAUCUUUGUUGGUUAAUCCUCAAAAUCAUUUUUUUCUAGUGAAUCAACAAUAAGAAAAAGUCAUGUUUGUUUUAUAUAUACUAUUUUUCUAUGUAUCACAACAACAAAAAAACAACUGUAUUACAACUCAGGUGACCGUUAAAGCCCAUGGCCAUCUUGUUGAUUUUAGGGCAUUGCCGGUCCAAUUUAAGAAAUGCUUAAAGUGGCAUUUGAAAAAUAGUGUCACUGUAUUUGAGACCAAGUUUAUCCUCUUAAAGGUUGUGUAUCAUUCAACAUGAACAUAAAAUUUUGUGUAAAAUGCAUUUUUAGACAGCAGCAACACAUGUAAGACAUUGCUAAUCAUAUCCACUACCCACCAACCCACUCGUACGUCAUCGUCUCCUGGGACAUUUUAAUAUUGGAAACAGGUUUAUGUUAAGAGUCCAUAUGACAAUCAUUUCAUAUUCAUGACAGGAACAUUUUUUUUUAAAUUAGUUAAAUUAUAUGAUUAUAUGAUGCAUACUAUUCCUCCUGAAAAACUUGUAUUACCCAAUACAUUGAAUGAAAUUGCAUAUAAUAUGUUUGUAUAUACAUUGUAUAUAUAAUUGUUUUUAUUAAGCUUUAGAGAAAUUAGUUUGUUUUAUAAUUUAUUUCUCACAGUAUGUGGUACUGUGCAGGCACAUACUAUAAUUUAUUUAUAAAUAAACAGAAACCUUGGAGCAAUACCAGCCACUUGAUAUUAUAAUGAUAGUUCUUGAAAAGAGUAAAAUCAAAACACCAAAAAAUCUGUUUUCCUACACAAUGUUAUCAUAUAUUGCAUAGAACCUCUUGGAGUUUCUCAAUAGUUUUUUUUUAUUUCUAUUUUAAGAAAGAUAAGGGGCACGAACAAUUAAGUUUGGGGGGAGUGGGGUAUACUGGAAACAGGGUGUCAAUCUGUCUGUCUUUCUGUCUGUGGACAGGCGUUCGACCAGAAUACCACUUCAUAUAUCCUCCACCAAUUUUAAUAGACUUGUUAUAUACAUACUUGAUUGAUUGCACUUAAUUUUGAUUUCUAGGAUUUUUAUCGCUCGUCAAAUUUGACGGAAGUAUUAUGGUAUGGGGUUGUCCGGCCGUCCGGCAUAAACUUUUGUUUGUCCGGCAAU